GUGUCAGCUGUUAGCGUCACAUUUGCGAUGAGUUUUGAGUGGCCCUGGCAAUACAAUUUCCCUCCGUUUUUCACGUUACAGCCCAAUGUUGACACCAGACAGAAACAGCUGGCGGCAUGGUGUUCUUUGGCUCUGUCUUACUUCCGGCAUCACAAGCUCUACACUUUGGAUGUCCUGGAGGCCCAGGAGAGCCCCGUGUUCAACAACAAGAAGAUAGAGCGAAAAUUGUCAAUGGAAGCCAUUCAGGUUGUGUUUGAGGAACUGAGGAAAAAAGGGAACCUGGAAUGGCUGGACAAAAACAAAUCGCGGUGUUUAGUCAUGUGGAGGCGACCAGAGGAGUGGGGCAAGUUGAUAUAUCAAUGGGUCUCCAAAAAUGGCAUGGUCAAUUCAGUGUUUACACUUUAUGAGCUGUCCAAUGGCGAUGACACGGACGGUGAAGAAUUCCACGGUUUAGAAGAGAGGAUGCUGCUGCGCUCGUUGGAGGCCUUACAGACAGAAGCCAAAGCAGAAAUAAUUACCAUGGAUGAUGGGAAGGGGGUCAAGUUCUUCUGAGUUAGUGUUUAAAUCGAGCACUAAAUCUGAGAACUUUUAUACCUUCGAGGCUGUUGAGGGUCACACAGUAAAGGUGAACCUCGAUGCCCAAAUCAAGUUGAUGCUAGCAACAGUUUGGGUUCGGAGGUCGCCAUAUUGGGAUGCCCUUAGUUUAAAGCCUUUUUUCGUAUCAGAAGGGAACCAACAUUAUUUUUAAAUCCCUGAGAAAGAGCGGUGAAGGUGCCACAACUUGUGAAGUUGUGACUUUUUUUCAGGGUAACCUUUGCUAUAUAUAGCAUUCGUUGCCAAUUAAAACACGCAUUGAGUCUAUUGGGGGGAGUUAGUGCUAUUAUAGCUGAGUAUUCACGGAGGAGUUCUGUCUCCAUCAUCUGUAACAUUACUGUCUUUUUCUUUGUUGUAUGUAUAUAUAUAUGACUAGUUUUUAUUCUUCUUUUCCCUGGUAACAAUCCACUUGGUACCAUCAUCUGCAGACUUUUAUUCUCUGUACCACCCCACCAGACCUCCUAAAGAAUGAGAGACUACUUUUAGGACCAUCAGUUCUUGUCCUAUUUCAGCCGAACAUGAUCAUGGUGGAGCUCCUAUGUACAGAUCACUGUAACCUCAUUGUACACUAUCUGCUGUGACUCCUGUCAUCUUCUCUCUGUAUUCGACCUCAUUUUUGCUACCCUGUGGGACAAUAAAUGAGAGAAAUUUGCUUAACUCGUUGC